AUUUAGUAGUUGGUACUUGUCGUACUCGAAUCGAAAUAUGACGACAUGAAGAAAAGGUCUGUCAGUGGCAAUGAGACGUCACCAACAAUUCGCCGUAAGACUAGGGCAAGCACCAGUUCUAAACAGACACAUCAUGUUGAACACGAAAAAGAGAAAAUCCUGCACAAACGUCACAAAGUUCGACUCGCCGAUAUACAGGAAUCUCCAACUAAGAAGUCACCUGAGAUAAAUUCGAAGAAUAGACAGGACACUUUGAAAUCAGAUGCAAGAUUUGAAACACCGAAGUCCAAAAAGAGUUCUUACUUACUUGAUAACACUCCAUUUAAAGAUGACUUGCUGUUGGCAUCACAAGGUUAUGAUGCUCAGUGUGAUGUGAGAUGGGAUUGCACAUCACCAGAUGCACUCAGAUAUAUAAGGAAAAACAGACAACGCCAUCAUUCCAGUGAUGUUGCAGGCAUUGUCCAGCUUCUUAUACCAGAGGAGUCUCGGGAGGAGGAUGCAGCUCCGUCCACAAACACUCCACCCCUUCUUGGAUUGUGGAUGAAUUCGUCAAACCGACCUACACAUGCAAGCAAAGAAGAUAAAUCCAGUGACAGGGCACUCGCUGCACACUCUAGCAAGCUUGUUCGAUUCAGGAAAAAGGAGAAAUCCCAUUCAAAUACUGGGCGGGAUACAAAGAUACCAUCAGAAUGGUUGGAAAAACUGAAGCUGGCUGUAGAAAGAUGUGAUGAGGAUUCUACCAUAUCAACAGAAGAGACUGAAAUUGAUAAGUGUACUAAAAAGGAUGCAAGUUCAGGUUUAGAUCAAUCAAAGGACUUGUUUGCGGAUGCUGAUGCCACUGCUUCUGGUGUUAAGAGGGGGAACACUUCCCCAGGUUGUCAGAAUGCUAGAGUAGUUGACAGUGAGGACGGUGAUCACAAUUCUGAUCUGAAUUGGAGUGAUGAUGAAAUGUUCCAAGAUGACUCUUUACUGAUGAAGGCUACACAGGACCCGGUCAUAGAGACAAAGGGGACUCUAUCAGACAAAAGGGGCAACAAACGCAAGUCUCGCGAAACGGAGGAAUCUCAGUGUAAGAUAAGCAAGGUGUGCUUAGAUUCCCGUCAAGAGCUUCACAGAAACCCAAUUGAUAAUAGAAAACAAAGAGCAGGAGUGAUUCCUAACAAAAUGCUACAAGGGAGUAAGGGGAAAUCACCGUCACCAUUCCGGAAAGUGAAGAGUUUUAAUGACAUUGAUCUCAUGCAAACAAAACAUGCCCACGAUCUGAGCCAUAAUAAGAGUCGUAAAUGUCUGUCACUUUGGAACUCUGACAAUGUGACAAAAACACAAUCUGUUCCAAGUGUAUCCACUUCAAAUCUGAUGAGCAGGAUUACAGUCACUCAGGGUAAAAGCGUUUCUUGCAAUCAAGCUUCUAAACCUACAAACAUGUUGGCAACUGAUAAAAAACAAUAUCCAGUUCAAGGUGAUCCUCAAGUGGACACAAGAACAUCUGUUGAUUCAAGUAGUGGUUUAAAAGUUAUGAAGCAUGUGUCUUCAACCACUACAAAGAGAUUUCAUGUUACUGGUGGCAGCAAUUCUUCUUCCACUACCAACAGAGUUUCCACACUUCAGUCAGGACUUGGUGAUGCAUGCUGCUCAGGACCAAACAAAGUCUCUGGGAAAGGGAAUUCUGCUCCUGUGUAUACAACAAGCCAAAAUCUGAAGUGUCAAGUCAACAUAUCUAGUAGAACAUAUAUUGUUGCUAAAUCUCAAAAUACAAAUUCCUGUGUUGUGAAUAAUCAUGAAAAUACUGGAGUCUCUAAUCAGAACUCUGCUGUUAGUAAAAGUGAAUCCAAUAAAAGCUCUGGAUUACAGUGCACAGACUCAGCUGUUACAAUCACUUCCACGACCUCAACUUGUAGACGUCGCUCCAGUGGAAUGUUUGACACCAGUUUGUCUGAUGAUCUCCUGUGCCAGCUGGCAGAACCAGAUGAGCUUUUAGACAGCCAGGCUAGUCCAACACCUAAAAACAGUGGACAUAAUAAAAAAUCUCUGAGUAUAGGCACUUUGCCACACCAAGGGAAAGUGCUGCCAGGAGCACCACUGCAGGGAGUUUGUGUGGCAAAAUCGUGUGAUAGCCCAAAGUCAAGUACAUUGUUAACCAAGGACUGUGAUAGACUCAAAUCUGAUGCAUUGUUACCCGAGUGUUCGAAAGACUGUAUGACAAUAGAAUCAAAGACUGUGCCACAAAGUUCUAAUGUCAUUGGAACUGGAGGUGCUAAUCAGAAGUCUUCUCAUUUGAAACAGUCUGGUGUCAGCUGUGGCAGUAAGCCAGUCUUUGUUCAAAGUAGUGCUAACACUGUGAUAUCUUCAAGUCAAGUCUCAUCCACACAGAGGAGUAAAUUCAAAUUUAAAUCCAAAUCUGCAAACAGUGGAAUGGUUGUGACAUCAGCAUCUACUCUUACUUCAAAAAUGUCCUCAGAUCAGCCCAGGUCUACCAGUCCACACAUGACUAACAAAGUCACUGCUGUUGCUUCAAAGUCAUCAGGUCCAUCUCCGGUAGACAACAGUGAAGAUCUAUUUACCUCUGAUGAGGACGAACUGUCUGAACAGCAGAUCUUGGCCAUGUUGGACACAGUGGAGAUGGAAGCUUCACAGAUGCCUCCAGUACCACAAAGUCAGCAGUGUCAAAAGACAAGUCCAAGUGCUUUCACUAGCAAAUGCUCUAUAAAUGAAAUUGAGCAGAAAAAGGAUGCAGCAAAAGCCAAACUACAAAAGAAAAAUGUCACAGCUGUGUCUCCAGAAAGUAUGUUAGUGAAUGAAAAUUCCAUCAAAUUAAGUCCAACAAAAUAUAUGCAAGAAGAAAUUGAAAGGAAAAAACAAGCUGCCCUAGAAAAAAGACGAAUUAAAAGUAAGGAAACUUUAUCUGAAAGUUCAAGCGUGACCAAGAAAUAUAAACAAGAUUGUGUGAUCAGAAAACCACAGAAUAUUGUCGCAGAAAGUGCCAGUGCAGUACAGGUUAACUCUACUGGAAGCCCUGUAAAGUAUCAGCAGGAUGAUAUAGAAAGAAAGCGCCAGGCCGCUGUGGAAAGACUUAAACUUAGGGAAGAAAAGAAUAAAUGCGUAACUGGUGGUGUUUCAAGUGAUAGAAAUAGUGUUAGUCCUGGAAAAUGUACACCAGAUGAAAUAGAGCGAAAAAAACUGGCAGCAUUGGAAAGAAAAAAACAUUUGUCAGGGGAGGUAACCAAGCCCCGUCAUCAGUCAGAUUCUAGUCCAGGCUUCUCCAGCAGUCAAAGUGCAGAGAGUAGUCCCUUUAAAUGCACACCAGAGGAAAUUGAGAAAAAGAAAUUAGCUGCUUUAGCAAAAUUAAAGAUAAAGAAAAACUUAUGUAGCCAGUUGUCUGGUAAAGGGAAUUAGUCAAGGAGACAUACAUACAAAUACAAUAGCAACCCGAAGAUAAAUAUAUAUUAUAUACCAGGUAGUAUUGGGGUAUACCAUGUACACAGUCAGUAAAAUUGUAUGACUUUGAAUGUUUGUUAAAAGAAGGAAAAAAUUUACAAGUUAAGGCUUCAAACUGAAUUUAUAAAUAUAAACAGGUGAAAAUGGUAAUAAUCUCACUUCAAAAAUAAAGGUGAAGAACUCCUUUCUUACUUUUUUGUGUGAGAUGACUAGUGAUUUAAGAAAAUCUUGUAUUCCAAUUAUGAUACAUGGAAAGUCUGUCUAUUGUUUUGUCUUGAUAUUUAUCUAUAGGGACAUAUAAUAACAUUUUAUAAUGUGGUCAUUACUGUACUAUAGAUUUUCUGGAUCAGUCUUUUUAAGACUAUGAGGAUCAAAGUUGUUUAAGAUUUGAAAUGUUUAUAAAUUUACUCAA